AGGUAGGUAGGGCAACUUGAGAGGAGAGGAGAAGUUGCAACGACGACGUGACCUCACACCCCUUGCGUUCAUUCCUCCAGGUUCCCGACUACAUACCUACCCUACGUGCUUUCGUUAUUACAACCACAACGCGUGACGUUUAAACAAACAAAUAAAAACAUCACCACUCUUUCACAACCGCGAAGGAAUCCCCGCGUUUUUUCGAAGCUAAUAUUGACGAUACAAAUUCCCGCGGGGAACCUGUCUCAACAUCACAUCUCUCGCCGAUAUAGUCUAUUGAAGGAGAGAAGCAAGUCAUCAUGAUCAAAACAAUCCUCCUCAUAAUCAUCACGAUCUUCAUCCCACCUAUCGGCGUAUUCCUCGUCGCAGGCUGCGGCGCCGACCUCCUCAUAAACAUCUUGCUCACCAUCUUGGGAUACUUCCCGGGCCACAUCCACGCCUUCUACGUCGAAUACGUCUACUUCAAGCGGCGCGACGAGAUCCGCGCCGGCAUCGUCGACGCGAGGCGUGCCCCCGGCGUCUACAGCAGCAAAGUGCAGAGGGGAGGAACCCACGUUCAGCCGCCACCGCCCGUGCAAACAGGUGCGCCGCCGCGCCCGCCGCCUCCGGGGCCCGCGCAGCAGCCGUAUACGAAUGUGCCGCCGCAGGGGCAGCAGGGCUAUGGUACUAUUUGA